GACUACGGGCAAAUCCGGUUCAGAAAACGGGUGGACAAAGCGGAACGAAUGCCAAAAGUAAAAAAUUUUGCGGCCUGCUCCGCUCUCGGGCCAUUCCCACCGUAUCGCAAGCAGCGUGCAGGCAUGUGCCUGCGAGGGCACUAUAAAAGGGAUGGUGGGCGCGGGGGGCCGAGGAGCGCCUGCUCCCCUCUUCUACUGCAAGUUUCUUACCAAUUCACUCUAAUACCUGUACUUUUCUCCCGUGCUUUUCAACAUGUCCAAGGAAUCCGAGAUCUUUGUUGGAGCCAUCGACCAGGGCACGUCGUCGUCCCGCUUCCUCAUCUUUGACACCAAGGGCCAGGUGGUGGCCAGCCACCAGGCCGAGUACCAGAACUUUUAUGCCAAGGCUGGGUGGGUCGAGAAGGACCCGGACCAGAUCAUGGAGUCGGUUGAGACCGUCGUCGUGGGCGCGUGCCGGCGGUUCAACGCGCUCGGCUAUGAUGUGUCGCAGAUUAAGUCAGUGGGCAUCACCAACCAGCGCGAGACCACGGUCGCGUUUGACUCCGAGACUGGCGAGCCGCUGACCAACGCCAUCGUGUGGAGCGACGUGCGCACCAAGGACCUGGUGCACCGGCUGGUUGAGGACGCCGGCUCGGCCACGCGCUUCGCGUCAAUCAACGGGCUGCCCAUCACCACCUACUUCUCGGGUACCAAGAUGCGCUGGAUGCUGGAGAACGUGCCCGAGGUCCAGGCGGCGCGCGAGCGCGGCACGCUGCGGUUCGGUACCAUCGACACGUGGCUGAUCUACAAGCUGACGGGCAACUACGUUACCGACGUCACCAACGCAUCGCGCACCAUGCUGAUGGACAUCAAGACGUUCAAGUGGCACGACGAGUGCCUCGAGUUCUUUGGCGUCCGGCGCGAGGAGCUGCCCGAGAUCCGCUCGUCGGCGGAGGUCUACGGGAAGAUCCUCGAGGGCCGUCUGGCGGGAGUGCCUGUCGCGGGCUGUCUCGGCGACCAGCAGGCGGCUAUGGUGGGCCAGUCGUGCUUCGAUGCGGGCGAGGCCAAGAACACGUACGGCACCGGCUGCUUCAUGCUGUUCAACACCGGCGAGGAGCCCAUCUUCUCCAAGAACGGCCUGCUGACCACCGUCGGGUACCAGCUGGGUCCCGAUGCCACGCCCAAGUACGCGCUGGAGGGCUCGAUUGCCGUGGCCGGCUCUGCGAUCCAGUGGCUGCGCGACAAGAUCGGACUGAUCUUCUCGGCAGACGAGAUCGGCUUCCUGGCGGACUCGGUCGAGGACAACGGCGGCGUGUACUUUGUCACUGCCUUCUCGGGCCUGUUUGCGCCGUACUGGCGCGAUGAUGCCCGCGGCGCCAUCGUCGGCCUGACUCAGUAUGCCACGCGUGGCCAUAUUGCGCGCGCCACGCUGGAGUCGGUGUGCUACCAGACCAGGGCCAUUCUGGACGCCAUGCGCAAGGACUCGGGCACCGAGCUGCGGCGCCUGCGCGUUGACGGCGGUCUGACCAACUCGAACCAGGCCAUGCAGAUCCAGGCCGAUAUUCUGAACAUCGAGGUUGUCCGUCCCGAGAUGCGCGAGACCACCGCCCUGGGCGCUGCUCUGGCUGCCGGUCUGGCUGUCGGCAUCUGGAAGGACCAGCACGAGCUGCGCCAGGUCGCCCAGUCCAACGUGUCGGCCUUCUGGUCGCGCAUCUCUGACGAAAAGCGCGACGAGAUGCUCAAGGGCUGGGACAAGGCUGUCGAGCGCAGUCUCGACUGGGCCUAAUUAUUUUCUAUGCGUUUCCCGACU